GCCUGGAAAAGCAAUCGUGCACUCCGCCAUCGCUCCCGCAAUUAUCCGAAUGGCGCUCUUCCUCAGUCCACACAUCCCCAUUCUUGCUUUCUUCUCACACCACACUUCCUCGCUUUGUAAAUUCGCGGUGCUCGGAGCUGCGUAGCGAGAAGCCUCCAAGUUACGUUGCUGCACAAAGAUCCAACUGCUCAAACAAGCGGGACUGAAUUGGGUGAAAAAUGGAAGUGGGUGCAUAUGCCUCGCCUGUGGCGAAUUGUCGCACGUUUUCGUUGGCGUCUACUCGAGGCAGCGCACAGACGGGCAAUACCCAUCAUAGUAAAGUGGCUGUAGGACGAGCAUUGCAAUUUUCUAGUGUUAAGUUGCUUCAAUCCGAGCUGCAGGUGUGUGGCAGGAGUGGGAUUCGUGGCGUGAAGCAUGUGAGAGGGAGCAGGGGAGUGUGUGCCCAGCUUGCGGAUCCCAACCAGCUUGUGGAUGGAGAUCAAUCUAAAGCCGCCGCGUCGAAGUGUAUCCUCGUUGUUGGCGCAACCGGAGGUGUAGGGCAGCUGGUAGUGGCAGCUUUACUGGAUAGAGGCAUACCUGUUAAAGCAGUUCUUCGUGACGCAAAAAAAGCUCAAACUCUCUUCGGUCAGCAUGAUCCAGAGGCUUUUCAGGUGCUUGUUGGAGACACACGGCGACCUGAAACCAUGCCCUCGUCUAUGUUUGAGGGUGUAACUCAUGUGAUAUGCUGCACUGGUACUACGGCGUUUCCUUCUAAGCGUUGGGAUGGUGACAAUGGACCAGAAAAGACAGACUGGGAAGGAGUGCGCAACCUGGUGGCAGCUGUGCCAAAGAGCGUCCAACAUGUCGUGUUGGUGUCAUCGAUAGGAGUUACGAAAUCCAACGAGCUUCCAUGGAACAUCAUGAAUCUUUUCGGAGUUUUAAAAUACAAAAAGAUGGGAGAGGAAUUCUUACGCGACUCAGGGCUUCCUUACACUAUCAUCAGGCCAGGUCGGUUAACGGACGGACCUUACACGUCUUAUGAUCUAAACACAUUGCUAAAAGCCACUUCCGGUACUCGUCGUGAUGUGAUUAUAGGCCAAGGUGAUAAUUUAGUUGGGGAAGCAAGUAGGGUAGUGGUAGCGGAAGCUUGCAUUCAAGCACUAGAUAUCCCAUGUACAAUUGGACAAACCUAUGAGAUCAGCUCUGUCGAGGGAGAAGGUCCAGGAAAGGAUACCGCCCGGUGGGAAGCUCUCUUCAGAAACCCACAAAAGCCUUGAAGUGCAAGCGUAGCAGCACCCAUCUUGUUUGGGCAUCUUUCUCCUCGAGCCAGCCUUAAUUUAGUCGCUGUAUGAGCCGAGAAUCCAAAUAAGAUUUACUCGGCAACUUGACUGGGUUACAUGUUCCCCAAUUUGUACCAUGUUUCUUCUUCGCAAUGAAAUUGCGAUAUUGCCUUCGGGCACGGUAA